CGUAUGGAUUGGUAGAAUCAAAUCAAGAAUCACGAAUGCUCGCCAUCAUCCGAGCAUCACAAUCAAGAAUCAAGAAUUGUCAGCAUUCGAAGACGCAAGAGUCCGCGAGACUUUGGACGGGUGUCACGACGAUCGAGCGUGUCGCACAAGAACACGUCCCGUCAAGUCGCAAAGCUGUCGCAUGGGAAUCAUCGAGCUCAGAGAAAAGUGUCGAUCGCUCGCUUGCCCCGCAUCGAAGACACAUGCAGCUGUGAGAUCAGGCCAGUACAAAGGUGCAGCGCCUGCCAGCAAGCUCCUGAGGACGCCCGCCUGCACACAAUGUCCUCCGUGGCGAGGACAGUUGGGCGACGACAAGCCGUGGGGCUUGCCUUUGCGCUCGUGUGCGUCGGCGUAGGGGAGCAUGUCAAUCGCACUGUACCACACGCGUAUCUCGAUGAGAUCUUUCAUGCCCCUCAAGCUGCCAGAUACUGCGAUGGCGAUUACAAGACCUACGACCCCAAAUUGACAACGCCUCCAGGGCUCUACAUUCUGUCGUUGCUGCUCUACAGGAUUCUACCAGGCUGGCUGACUGGCCACUCGGCAUGCACCGACGUCUCCUUCCUUCGAGGCACAAAUUUGGUCUUGCUGCUCUUGCUUCCUCACCUAUUGCACAGCCUCAGAGCUCAGAUCAUGAAGGACAAAAGCCAGCUUCCUCCGGCUUACACGAGACACGCUAUGCUCGACGAGGCGGCUACUCGAGCUCCUCUCGAGAUCACACCUGGAGCCGUUGGAGUCUCCAGCGAGCAAGAGCCGGACAGGAGGCAUCCCGCUUCGCAUGGUGCCGUGCCCCGACCUGCUCCUGCUCAGCACCCACGUGGAGGCCGGAGCGGCAAGUUGACGCUUCAGGAAGUGCUCGAGGCCAGCAGGCUUUCAGAGUGGCUCUAUACCCUGUCGACGUGGAGGGUGUACGAGGGGCACGUGAUCGCAUUCUUGCCUCCUCUUUGGUUCUUUGGCUUCCUGUACUACACGGAUAUAGGAGGUGUCUGCUUCGUGCUGGCUUCUGCCCGGGCUGCCCUAUCAUCGCGACAUGUUCUAGCCGCCUGGCUCGGCUUCGUCUCGCUGUUGUUUCGCCAGACAAACGUCAUCUGGCUCAUGUUCAUCAUGGCGACGUCCGUUCUUCGUCUUGCGCAAGUCGAUUCGAACGUUGGGCACUCCACGUCUCAAACUUUCUACUCGCUCCUGCGGCUCGUGGGCGGACCCGAUCGACAGCUAGCUCUCCGCAUUGUCGCUCCGUACAUUCCCAUCUUUAUGCUCUUCGCAGCUUUUCUGCUAUGGAACGAUUUGAGCAUCGUGCUAGGCGACAAGUCCAACCACAUUGCCACGCUGCAUUUUGCCCAGCUCCCUUACUUCUUAGCUUUCAGCUUAUUCUUUGGCUGGCCUGCUAUGCUCUCGCAAGCCGGUGGACCCAUCGCUCUCGUUCAUCACACAGUACGGACUCUUGCCGGAAAUGCGCGCCAAGUCUUGAUCACGGUCGUUCUGUGCGGCCUGGCCACUGCAGCGAUCAAGUAUGGAACGCUAGCGCAUCCCUUUCUGCUAGCGGACAACAGGCACUACUCUUUCUACGUCUGGCGAAGAAUCAUCAAUAGGACUACGUGGAGUCGGUACGCUCUAGUGCCUUUCUACGUCGUCUCGGCAAGAUGCUGGAUCGACGCUUUGAGUCGAACGCAAUCCGAUCUUUGGAUCUUGGGCCUGUGCGCAAGCACAGCUCUCACGCUCAUUCCCUCACCUCUUAUCGAGCCGAGAUACUUUCUGGUUCCUUACCUGCUCAUGCGACUUCACAUUCCUAGCGGCCCGCCAAGAUCAAGAUCUUCGCAAACGCAAUGUCGGUCGACAAGUCCCAGACAAGGGGAAGGAGAGGAGCGAGAAAUCCGAGAAGCGCCAAGAGCAAGAGAUGAGGAAUCCCGUCCGGUUUGGGGCUUGCUGCUCGAACUCGCGUGGUUCGCGGUGCUCAACAUCGUCACCAUGUACCUCUUCCUUCACAGACCUUUCAAGUGGCCUUCCGGACAGGGCUGGCAAAGGUUCAUGUGGUGAAAUCGACCAUACCCAUAUGACCCACCUAUUCAAAGAAUUCAUCAGACUGCUUGCAUCCAAG